AAAUGGUAUCACAAGACUUGACAUGCAUGCAUUGUCUGACCAUCCAACACCGACGUGGCGGUUUGACUCUCUCUCUCUCUCUUCUCUCUUUCUCUCUCUACAAAGCCAAAGCAAUUUCUCUUGCCAUUGGCUUGGUCCAAUUUGUGCUUCUAAGACGUCAAUUUCUGGUUUUGUUUGCUCUCGAAGUGUCAAAGCUCUGCAACUUUUCUAUUCGAAGCCCCCCAAGGCUUUUAGAUUCUUCAAGAAUUUGAUGAACUGGGUCGAAUCUUGAUUUUGCUUCUCUCCAUUUGACUAUCUGGGCAGCGAAUUCAACAGUUCUAGAGACAGAAAGUGGGCGAUUGUUCUUGUUCUGUACCUAAUUUCUCUAGGAAUAAGCCUCAAAUGGAUACGAGUUAAGUGGGUAUUAUAGAGUUUUUGAGAUGGAUGAAAAGAGGGUGGCUGGUUGUACUCGUAACGCAUUUUUCCGGUCGGUUUCGUGGUCGGAACGGUCACCGUCGAAGCCCCGUGAUAAUCGGAGCUUAGUGUCGAAUAGUAAUAAAGCUCGGUUAUGUUUGCCGCCGCUGCAGCCGCUUUCGAUCAGUCGCCGGAGUGUUGAGGAGUGGCCACCGGCGGGUUGUGAUGAUCUUGGUGUUUGGCCAAACCCAGAAACUCCGAGAGAGGUUGUUGAUGAUAAGCCUGUGAGGGAAUUUGAGUUUAAGAAGGAUAAACUUGCGUUUUUUGAUAAGAAAUGCUCGAAAAUUCUUGAUCAUGUGUAUUUAGGUAGUGAUUCUGUGGCUAAGAAUCGAGAGGUUUUGAGGCAGAAUGGGAUCACUCAUGUGUUGAAUUGUGUUGGGUUUGUGUGUCCUGAGUAUUUCAAGGGUGAAUUUGUUUACAAAACUCUUUGGCUGCAAGAUACUCCUUCAGAGGAUAUCACUAGCAUUCUCUAUGAUGUUUUUGAUUACUUUGAAGAUGUUUGUGAGCUCGGUGGUCGGGUUUUCGUGCAUUGUUUUCAAGGAGUGUCUCGGUCGACUUCUCUUGUAAUAGCAUACCUUAUGUGGAAGGAAGGUCGGAGCUUUCAGGACGCUUUUCAAUCGGUAAAGGCCGCUCGAGGGGUGGCUAAUCCGAACUUGGGGUUUGCUUGUCAAUUAUUGCAGUGCCAGAAGCGGGUUCAUGCCCUGCCUGCUAGCCCGGAUUCGACUUUGAGGAUGUAUAGGAUGGCUCCUCAUUCAUCUUAUGAUCCACUUCAUCUUGUACCUAAGAUGUUGAACACUCCGACUGUCCAAGGGCUUGAUUCUCGUGGGGCAUUUGUCGUGCACGUUCCUCCGGCUAUCUAUGUCUGGGAAGGGGAGAAGUGUGACUCUGUGAUGUUGAACUCGGCUAAGGCAGCAGCGUCGCAGAUCAUUCGAUACGAAAAGGCAAGAGGCCCUAUCCUUAGCAUCAAAGAAGGUGAUGAACCAUUGGGAUUUUGGAAAGCUUUGAUGGAUGGCCAAAAUUUGGCUGAUAAUUCCAAAGGGCAAGUUCGGAAGGUUGAGGAGUAUAAUCCAGAUUUCGAAAUUUUUCACAGGGCGAUUUCGGAUGGGGUUGUUCCACCUUUCGAUAUAUCUAAUACCGAUUCGGAAAAUUACCUUCCCGUUAGAGAAAAUGGGUGGGACACGACCAAAAGGAAGAUCGAAAACGAAACUACAGAAGAUAUUGUGACAUCCUUUUCAGAAUUGGAUUGUGAUACUAAAGGAGCAUUUGAUGAUAUGGACAUGAUGACUGCAAAUAUUGAUGAAGAUCCAAAUGCACCUGUUUCUUCAAUUGACCUUGCAUCUCCACCACUUUCACCCACAGCCUAUUUGUGUGACUCACCUGAAUCUUUUGACUGUUUUCCAGCUCGUAACUUGGAUCAGGAAAUAGAAGAUUCUAAGGUGAGCUCGAUCCCAGACGAUCCUUUAUCGUUACCGAUUCAUCCUCUGGGAUCACCCGAUUCAUUUUCGAGUUUUCAAGGAGGGACAAGUCCAAAGUUCGGCACCAAAUCCCCUUCACUCUCUCCUUCUACAUCUGAUAACUCGAGUUCAUUUACCUUUUCACCAUCAUCGUCUAAUUGGUCCGACUUAUCGUAUAUGUCUUCUCGGCAACCAUCACCGUCCGACAUGGAUUCAGUACAUCCAGCUGUUAAAAACUCUUCCAUCAUAGAUAAUUUUUGUUUACACCACAAAGAAACUCAUCCUAUCUUUGUAGAGUCCUUUCCCUCUUACCCCUUGUUAAGGGCAGGAAACACGAAUUUGACAUCAAGAGGAGCCUCCCCUUCAAUUGCAGAGCGUCGAGGGAGUCAUCCUCCACCUGGGAUGUUGCUGCCCUCCAUUGAAGAAGCCUGCAAGGUUCAGAGGAAAAUAGUUCGGUCAUCAUCGUUUUCUUUGCUCAACUUAGACAACGAUGCAUUGGAGAUAGCUGGGUGCAGCCAAUCCAAGAAUAAAAGCAGUAGUAAAGAUAUAAAUUUGGACAUUGAUAGAUUUGGGGCUUGCACUGAAUUAGAAUACAAGUUUGCAGAAGCAGAAACUCCAAUUUUUUACCAGUGGCCUUCAAUGAAUACAGUGGAGAUCAAUCAAUUCGGGAAUCUCAAUUCUAGAUCAGUGUAUAUAUUGUUUGCACCAGAUACAAAUUUGGAUUCAAACGGCUACAACAACUUAUUUAUCUGGCUGGGGAGUGAAGUUUUGCAUAAAGACGAUGACGGUCAACUAAUGAGUGACGACAAUGAAGAUGGACAUCUUCACUGGGAGAUGAUCGGACGUAUAUUCAUUAACAAUAAGGGAAUUCCUAGAGAUACGAAAAUACAGAUAAUAAGAGAAGGUGAGGAGCCCGAGAAGUUCCUUGCACAUAUAAGCAAUUCAUUACCUCAAAAAACAGAAUGUGUUGAUCUGUGGUCGGUGAAGACUUGAUGGACUGUAGCGGAAGGCCUUCCAAAAGGUAAAACUGGCAUCCACGGCAGAACUGAUGUGAGCUGCUUGUGAGAUGUAUAUAUAUACGUAGAGAAUCCAAUCCUCCAGAGAUCAUGUAUAGACAAAAACGCCAUCAAUAGUCUUGAGUUUUACAGAGUAAUCAGUGUUUUCACCUGCUCUUGAAGAAAGUAGAAGUUAGAUUAAAAAAUUCAAUUAGACUUGCGAUUAGUUCCCUUUGUUGUCGAGGGAAAAUUUCAGAUGCUAUUUUUUUAAACACUGAAUAAGAUAAAUUUCUAAUUAGA